CUACAGAUUUAAUCAUGAAACAUAUUUUAUCUAAUAUAGGUAAUUACCUAUAUUUUUUCUGUAAUUAUUAGUUUUAUCCUUUAAACUGUAAUACUUUGACCAACAGCAAAAAAUUAAAUUUUAUAAUUCAUAUUUAUUAUUUAUGUUAUAGUUAAUAUUUACCUACUUAAAAAUGUUUUAUGUACACAUACCUAUAUACAUAUAUUUAUUUUUAAGGAAUCAAUUAUUAACAGGUAUUAGGUAAUUGAUUAUAAAUCUAUUUCAUUAAUUUUGUUACAAUUAAAUGUUUAAAAUAAUGAAUCUGCAUCACAACCAUAAAUAUUUAUUAAAAUUAACAACUUAAUAUAAUAGAUCAAUGAAUAAAAUAAAUUUGUUUGGUCCACCAAUUGGAGUGUGUCAAUUAGGUAACCAUUAACAAUUUAUGAAGCUAGCACUGCGGUCAUAUUGUCACAAGGACAUAGUAUAAAAAGUAAAAUAAUUAAUUUUAAAUAAAUUUAAAAAAUAUUAUAAUUUUUUUUAAAAUAGCAGAUUAUAAAUCAUAAUAUUAAUAAAAAUUAUCUAAUUGUUUAGUACAUUUGUUUAUUAACAGUAAACAAAACUUUGUGUGUAAUUUUCAAUAAUAAUAAAUUUUUACAAUAGAAUAGGUAACACAAUCAAAAUUAUGAAAUAAGUUAACAAUAGGUAUACUUUUUUUUUUUUUAAACUUUAUGAUGACUUACCUUAAAAUGUUUAAAUAUCUUAUGUCAUGUUGGAUCAAAUAUUAAAUUUUAAAAAAGCAUGAUUGUCUAAAAAGCAAAUUACGGGAAAAUAAGUAGAUGAAAUAAAUGUAUGCCUACUGUAUAUAACAUAUUAGAGCUAUAUAAUAACUAAAUAAUUGAAUGAUCAAUGAACAAUAACUAUAAAUUAAUUCAAUUCAUUCACAACAGGUUUAUGAAAUUAUUAUUUCGUAUGAUAAGAAAAAUAAAUAAGAUAAACUACGUUACAGUGCAUGUAAACAUUUUGUUAUUUAUUGAUAAAAUAUUAUGGGGCAGACAAAAUAAAAUUAUACUUUUUCUGUAUGUGAAUCUAACACCCCCUCCCAUGACACGGAAAAAUCUAUCUGUUAUCAACUCGCGUGGAACAUGAAAACAGCUGAUCGAGUUAACACAUUAUUUAUUAUUUUUAUUUUUUUUGUUUUCGCAACUUUUCAGAGUAAAAAAAAAAGUAACAAUAAUUCUAGUCCGGUCCACCAACUUCUAAAUCAACACAAAUCAAGUCAAUAUAUAAUUAUUAGUUAUAAUAAAUUUAUAUCGCACUUAAUAUAUAUAAAAAAUCAAUUAUUUGUUAAUAUCGUUUUACAUUUUACUUUAUUUUCCCACCGAUGCUAUUUACCUGUCGUGAAAUACUGUAUUAAUCAUUUUUAGUAUAUUUAUUGUUAGUCAAUUUUAUUUUUUUCUGGUUGGGUAUUGUUAAUAAUUAUUUAAGAAUUUUCUUCACACUUAUUGUCUAUCUGUCAAGAUACAGCUUUGGUUUAUGUUCUAGACUAAUUCAUAAUGAGCUUCCUAUUGUGAGUGUUUUAUACAUUUUUCUACGUACAGCUAUCCUUAAUAAUACGGUAUUAUAUUUUUAUGGCUGUCGUUUUUCUUUUAGUGGAGGCCGUUCAUCGAAAACAUUCAAACCAAAGAAGAACAUACCAGAAGGUACACAUCAAUACGAUUUGAUGAAACACGCAGCAGCCACUCUUGGGUCUGGAAAUUUAAGAUUGGCUGUAUUACUACCUGAGGGUGAAGAUCUCAACGAAUGGGUUGCCGUGAACAGUAAGUGAUUGAUAUAUUGUUUAUAUAGGUACCUCCAAGUUUUUUAUAGUAAUAAUAUAUAAUAUCUUAUAGACAGCAUAAAAACAUCAAAAAUAAAAAUCAAUUGUAAUCAGUUUUAUAAGUAUCUACUGACAUACUAUAAUAUAUUAUAAUUAACUAUUUUUAUUUUAAGUAAUCACAUUUAAUUUAAAUUGUAAAUGGUAUGGUUUUAAAAUAAUUAUCAAGUCCAAUGAACUACCUAUAUCAAAUUAUCAAUAUAAUUCUUAGACACCUAUAUUCUCUAUCUACUGAGGGAAAUUUAAAAUUGUAAUUAUAUUUUCUUAACAAAGUAACUACUUAUAGUAGGACAGUAGGUUAUGUAAAAACAGAUCUGUAUACAUACCUAUUAAUUUUUUUUUUUUUUUAAUAUUUGCAGAAAAUAUACAUAAAAAUAGUUUAUAUAAAUAUGUUUUAAUACUUAGAAUAAUUUACAUUACUAUUGUAUAUACAAAUUCAUCUACGAUCUUACUUAGAAUUUUUAAUGAUUAAAUCAUUAUAAUGGCAUGUAACUUAAAAUAAUUUAAAGUUAUUAUAUUUAAUUAUGAUAAAUACCUACCUACCUAUAUAAUUUUAAAAUUAUUUGUUGAAAUAAAAUAUUUUUUAUUUAACUGGAUAAAUAUCUUUUAAGUGUAAUUUUAAAAGGUUUUUGGUAGUUUAUUUGUUUUUUUUUUUUUUUUUUUUUUUUUUUUUUUGAUUUCAUUUAAUAUGGAGUAUUUGCUGACUAAUAAAUCUAUGAUUCAUAUAUUAACUAAAAUAAUCAUAAAGUACUCAUUUUUUAUAUUUACAAAAAUACAGUUCAUACUAAAUUUUAGAUAAUUUAAUAAUCAUAUUUAAAAUUAUUUAAUAUUUGACUAGCAUAAUCAAAUCAUACAUCUACUUAUGUCUUGUUAUUAUAAUAAUGAGCAAGUCAAUUUUGGUGAUACCUCUAACUUGUGUUUUGUUUAAAAUUUAAAUACAGUGAAACCUCUAAUUACUGGAUACUCCUCUCAGUCACUGUAAUUUUAUCUGCUAUUCAGAGGGGAAACAAAUUCUCGAAAACUCUGAGAAAUGAAUAACUAUAUUCAACAUUUAUAUAAAUAAUAUGUAUAUUUACAUUAUUUCAAAAUAAAUAUUAAUUGUACAUAUUAUUAUUUAAAAUUAUGUUAUUAUUAUGUAUGUAAAAAUAUUAAUGAAAAUAUAAAUAAAAAUUAACAUUUAUCGAAAAAAUCAGUUACUUUAGCUUGUUUAAGAUUUUGAUUUGCCAUAUAAGUGUCUGUUAUUUAGAGGCUUUCUUAUAUAAAAGUGAUGAAAAUGUCCCCACUCCCCAAAAAUUGUCUGUUAUUUGGAGGUGUCUGUAAAGAAUAGGAUAGUAAAGAAAAAUAAAUUGAUUGCUUUCAUACAACAUUUAAAAUGAUUAAGUCGUAAAAUUAAAUUUCUUAUAUUAUUUUUUGUGAGUUCGUUGUUUUUUAUGCAUCUACCUAUUAUUAUUAUAAUGUAUACAUUAUCAUUAUUAAAAUACUCGGUUUUAAUUAACUAUAAUCAUUACUAAUGCUAAUCACAUAUAAAUGUUGUCAAUGCUGUUAUUAUAAAGAGCAUCAUUUUUUUAUUUCUCUUGUAUUUCAUGUUGAAAUAAUAUUGAAUUUUUUACAUUAAAAACAUUUUUUGUAUUGAAAUAUUCACAAUAGGAAAUCAUUGUUUAAAAUUAAUUAUUUUAAUUAUUACAAAAGUAAUUUUUAUGUAACUCUUGUGUUCAUAUACAAGAAAUGUGUUAAUAUUAUAUAAUAUGAUAAACUAAUAUUUUGUAUUCAGUUCAAACACAACUAUACUGAUUUCAUAACCUUAGCCAAGGAAUAUAAUUAAUAGUUUGUACACACAGAUACUUGAUGAUUAUGCUAUUAUUUAUUAAUUUACUACUAGUAUGUUAUAUAAAUAUUAUCAAGCAAUGUGAAUAAUAAUUAAAAUUAUCUGAUAAUAUUAAAAAUUUGUUAAUUAAUAAAAUCAUAGUUUUAAAACAAAGUAAUUAUAAUAUACAUCUAUAUAUUUCAAGAACAAAAUAUUACUCAUAUUAUUGAUACAUGGUUCCAAAGUAUAGAUAAUUGUCAAAGUGGAUUAACUUUAUUUAUUUUUGUUGAUAUAUUCUUGUUAUUAUUAAAUUAAAUAUAACCUUGAUAUCUAUUAUUUAUUUAUAUUAUUUAUUUUUAACAUUUUAGCAUUAUCUUUAUUAAAUUUUUUUUUUAUUUAAUUACUAAUUUUCAAAAGUAUAGCCAGCAAAUGUAAACAUUUUCUUAUAAAAUCUGUUGUUUUUUUUUUAAUUUCAAUUUUUGACAAUUAUAUUCAUAUUGCAUUGAAAAUUACUACUGAUUAAGCUACUGAAAUAAAAUAACCAUAAUAAUAUUAUAGAUCUUAAUAAUAUUCAUGGGUUGUCUUAGUUUUUUAAAAUUCAACACAUACAUAUUUAUUUAUAAAUAUUUAUUAUCAAAUAAAAUUUAUUUUCACAUAUUAUCACAUCAAAUUUGUAUAUUUUAUUUUGUUUCAGCCGUUGAUUUUUUUAAUCAAAUAAACAUGUUAUACGGCACAAUAACAGAGUUCUGCACAGAGGAAAGUUGUUCUAUAAUGUCUGCUGGACCAAAAUAUGAAUAUCACUGGGCAGACGGUCUUACUGUUAAAAAACCUAUCAAGUGUUCCGCUCCUAAAUAUAUUGAUUAUUUAAUGACUUGGGUUCAGGAUCAGUUAGACGAUGAAACAUUAUUUCCCUCAAAAAUCGGUGUCCCUUUUCCUAAGAAUUUCUUAUCCAUUGCUAAGACAAUACUUAAACGGUUAUUCAGGGUGUAUGCACAUAUAUAUCACACACAUUUUGACUCUAUAGUUUCAUUAGGUGAAGAAGCACAUCUCAAUACAUCUUUUAAACAUUUUAUUUAUUUUGUACAGGUAAGUAAUUUAAUGGUUGUUAGUAAAUUCAUAUAAAAUCUCAUUGCACUUAAAAGUGUGUACACACUUGAGCAUUUUUUUGUAACAUUCAUGCAAACCAUGUAUCAUGGAACAUCGUUGUGUAUUUUUACGUUACACAUUGAUGUUAUGACCAAGCAAAAGCACAUUUUUGUUGCAAUGUUACUAAUGGUUGUUAUUCCGCAUUUCAUCAGUUGUCAAGUGAACUAUGCACACAACCGAAUUUCCCAGUCACAUAAAUAAAGUAAUAGAUAUAUUUUGUGUUGCGAUUUUAUAUUUCAAACUUGUAAAAACAUGUCCACACUAUUCUAGCAUUGCAUUGCAACAUCCUUUGAUGCGGACAAACUUUACCGACACCUGAUGAGACGUGGUGUAACUCCAUAGCAUAUCACUUUGUUAUACCCGUUUAUUACGUGUUGGUGUUACGCAAACAUUUUCACACAGAUGUUGCAGUAAUACGACAGCGUUAUGAUACAAUGUUUUGUUAAAACAAAAUAUUCAAGUGUGUACCAGGCUUAAUAUGUAUUAGUAUUUGAUAAAUUAAUAUAUUUAAAAAAUAAAUAAUAAUUUUUAUCUCUGUUUUUAUAGUAGUUAAUUAAAUAUUUUGUUUUAAUAUGAGAUAAUUAGUUUACAAUGUUUACAUUUAUGCCUUAUUGUUUUGAGAUAUAUUGUAUCCAUAAAUAUUUGUAAUAUUUUAUUGUUAUUCCACAUAUAUUAAUUUUAUUAUCAUAAUUUUGUUUUUGCAGGAAUUUGUACUGAUCGACCGAAGAGAAUUGGCUCCAUUACAAGAUUAUAUUGAUAAAUUGGCUGGCAGAGAAACUAGAUAAGUGACUUAUGGUACUUCAUCAAUUGAACUUAGCACAACCAAUUAAUGGCUUUAAUCAUUCUCUGAUGUGAUAACUAAAAAUUUUUAUUACAGAAUAGUUUACACAUACUUACCAAUACACACACAAAAUUAGAUCAUUUUUAGUCAAUUGGCAUUCAUUCUGUCUUAUACAAAUAAAUAUAUUUUUGUGUAAUACUAUAUAAUAUUAUAUAUUACCAAUGAUAUGAUCUAUUUAAUUGAUUAUAAGCACUAUUCUGUAUAUUAUGUAGGCAAUCUACCACCAAAGAAAUUCAUUUAAGUAUAGUUAACAGUUUUACUACUAUUUUGUACGAUUUUAUAUUAGAAAUAUCUAAUAUAUAUUAAAAUUAUAUAUUAUUUUUAAUAACUAGUAUAUAUUAAUUAUUUAUUUUUAGUAUUAAACAGUGUGCCAGAAUAGUAACUACUGUUAUACACUUAAAAUUGAAAAAUCAGAACAACGAAUUAUUUAUUUUUAUAAAUAACUUAUUAUAUAUUGCAAUUGUUCUACUUUAUAGUGGUAUUGCUUUUUUACUUUACAUUUUAAUAUAGUAACUAUUAUUGGUGCACUUGUGAUAAAAUAUAUUUAUGAAAAAAAAAAAAAAAACAAUUAUUGUACAAGUGAC